AUGCUAAAAAAUAUCAUUAAUGGACGUGGAUCUGUAUUUAAUGUAUUUCUAAAAACAGAAACUAAAAUUUUCAAAUUGUCCAGUAUCAAAAUUUGUCAUGGUAUAAAUUUUAAAUAUAAUCAAAAACAAAACACUAACAUAAAUUCUCGAAAUAUGGGAUCCGAUAAAGAAUUUGAACCAACAUUUAGUAAAGUUGCGGAAAAGGUUGAGUUCCCGAGGGAGGAAGAAAAAAUAUUGGAAUAUUGGUAUAAUAUAGACGUGUUUAAAACGUCUAUGAAGUUGUCAGAAGGAUUGCCCUCAUUCAUAUUCUAUGAUGGACCUCCUUUCGCAACAGGACUGCCACACUACGGCCACAUACUGGCCGGAUCAAUAAAAGUAAGCGUAAACCAAACACAUUAUACUCAGGAUGUUGUCACUCGGUACGCAUAUCAAACAGGCCACCACGUCGAAAGAAGAUUUGGUUGGGACUGUCACGGUUUACCGAUAGAAUACGAAAUAGAUAACCUGUACAAUAUUAAACAUUCCUCUGACGUCUUCAGAAUGGGAAUAGAUAAAUACAACGAAAAAUGCAGAUCUAUCGUAAUGAAGUACUCCCGAGAAUGGAAAAACAUAGUCACGCGGACUGGACGGUGGAUAGAUUUCGACAACGACUACAAAACACUUAACACGUCAUACAUGGAGACGCUGUGGUGGAUAUUCAAGGAGUUGUACGAAAAGAAAGUGGUCUACAGAGGCUUUCAAGUGAUGCCGUAUUCGCUGACGUGUAACACGCCACUGUCGAACUUUGAGUCGAACCUGAAUUAUAAAAUGGUGACAGACCCGUCACUGUUCGUGGGAUUCAGGUCGCUCGACGAGGACAUGGAGUUCGUAGCAUGGACGACGACGCCGUGGACGCUGCCAUCGAACCUGGUGCUGUGCGUAAACGAAGGAUUCAAGUACGUAAAGCUGAAGAACCUGAAGAACGAAAAGACAUAUCUGCUGGCAGAGUGCAGAGUCGACUACUUCUGCGCAACGAUGGGAGUGGACUACAAGGAGACCUUCGUGGAAGUGGGCUCGUACAUGGGCUCGGAACUAGUGGGGAGGAAGUACGAAAGGCUCUUCGACUACUUCUCGAACUACCCAACCUUCACGGAGGAACAGCUGGAACGCUCGUACGUGGUGGUGGCAGACGACAUGGUGACGUCGGAGUCCGGUACAGGAAUCGUGCACUGCGCACCCUACUACGGUGAGGCGGACUUGAGAGUAUGCAAGAAAUACAAAAUCUUUGAUGAGUUGCCGCACCUGGUUAACGAGUCAGGACUCUUCAUACAAAACACAGGGGAGCUGACGGGAAUGUACAUCAAGGACGCAGACAUCGUUAUCAAGAAGAUGCUCAAAAACAAAGAUAGGCUGGUGCACGUGGGCACAAUAGUACACUCAUACCCGUACUGCUGGAGAAGUGACACGCCGCUCAUAUACAGAGCAGUCAACUGCUGGUUCAUCAAGGUGGCGGACUACAGAGAAGAAAUACUCAACUCAGUCUCAGAGUCAAACUGGGUACCGCAGUUCGUGAAAGACAAGAGGUUCAGAAACUGGGUGUCAGAGGCGAGGGACUGGUGCAUAAGCAGAAACAGGUUCUGGGGAACACCAAUACCACUGUGGGUGAGCGAGGACUACUCGCAAGUGGUAUGCGUGGGAAGCAUCGAGGAGCUCGAAAGACUCACAGGAACGAAGGUGGUGGACCUGCACAGAGAUCACGUGGAUCACCUGCAAAUACCGGACCCGCGAGGGAGUGAGUACCCGCCGCUGAGAAGGAUCCCUGAGAUAUUCGACUGCUGGUACGAAAGCGGCUCCAUGCCGCUGGCGAAGAUACACUACCCGUUCGAAAACGCAGAGAGACUGCACGAACACUUCCCAGCAAACUUCAUAGCGGAGGGCCUGGACCAGACGCGAGGAUGGUUCUACACACUCAUGGUGAUCUCGACACACCUCUUCAAAAAGUCACCAUUCAAGAACGUGGUCGUCAACGGGCUGGUCCUGGCGGGAGACGGAAAAAAGAUGUCGAAGCGCCUGAAGAACUACCCGGACCCGCUGGAAAUAGUCAACCAGUUCGGAGCAGACUCGCUGCGUCUGUUCCUGAUAUCAUCGCCAGCAGUGAAGGCGGAGCCAGUGAGGUUCUCGACGCUGGGCGUGAGGAACGUGCUGAAGGACGUGAUACUACCCUGGUUUCACUCGUUCAGAUUCCUGGUGCAAGAAGUCACGAGGUAUGAGACGAACACGAGAAGGAAGUUCGUCCCAGACUACGACGCACCCUUCAAGUCGACAUGUCUAAUGGACCGGUGGGUGUAUACGAUCACACAAGAUCUGAUACAAUGCGUACACUUUGAAAUGGAGCACUAUAAGUUGUACAAUGUGAUGCCCAAGCUAUUGUCAUUCUUGGAGCAGCUAACAAACUGGUACAUUAGAUUCAAUAGAGAAAGAAUGAGGGGAGCAUUUGGAGAGGAGGAGGCCUUGGUCUCACUUCAGUCCCUAUUUGUGUCACUAAAGACAUUUAACCAUUUGAUGAGUAUGUUUGCACCAUUCACAUCGGAGAUGAUAUACUUGAACCUGAGAAAAGCAUCCGGAGGAUUGGAAAGUAUACACUACGAAGUGCUGCCGAAAACAGCAAGAAGCUCAGAUAAGGAGCUGAUGAAAAGAGUGGAAAUCAUGCAAAAGGUGGUGCUGCUGGCAAGAUCAGUGAGAGAAAGAAAAAAAGUGUCACUGAAAUUCCCAGUGAGAACACUGACGAUAGUGCACGACGACAAAAAAACAUUGGACUCACUGGUGGAGUUGCUGCCGCUUAUAAGAGAUGAGUUGAACAUAGUGGAGAUAAAACUGUCAAACGAUACGAGUCUGAUCAAGGUGGAAGCGGUGGCAAAUUUUAAGUCGCUGGGAGCAAGACUGGGAAAGGACGUGAAGCAAGUGUCGGAGCAAAUAAGAAACCUGGACGAAACACAAAUACUGGCACUGGAGCAAGGACCACUCAAAAUAUGCGGAUUCCAAAUACACAAGGACGACGUGGUGGUGAGCAGAAGAAUUAACCCUGAGAGACUGGACACGACAAUAUACGACGCAGAGUCAGAUUGUAACCUGACAGUGAUACUGGACCUGACGAAAGACGAGGACCUGGACUACAAGGCACUCUGCAGAGAAGUGGCAAACAAAGUUCAGAAGAUGAGAAAACAGCUUGGAUUGUCUAUUGAUGAUGAUAUCACAAUAUACAUAAGGACUGAAGACGAUGAACUAUAUGAUACGUUAUCGGAUCAAUCUGAAAAUCUACAAAAAAUACUCAAGAAAAAUGCAGUAAUCACUAAAACACUAAAUGUUAGUAAUAAAUUACAUUCCGAAAUAGUGUCAAUCCGCGAAAGUGCAAUAGAAGUUGUAAUUGUUAAAAAGUAA